AUGACGGUUCUGGCAGAAGAUUGCUGCAAUGACUCAUCGGGAAGAAACAGUUAUGUUAGUGCUGGGAGAAGGAUAGAAUUGUCAGAGACAGCACCCGUGGCAAAGAAGGAACACAGGACAUCACUUGGCGAACCAUUUCAGAAAACAAAAAUAGCAGAGGAAAAUUCUGGGUUUAAAUACGAGAGGGAGGAGAAGCGUCUGGAGAAGGAAGCUGAUAAAUCUGCCGUGAAUCUCAUGAAAAAUAUUCUGAAGAAGAAAAUGCUUCAUGCUUCUUCUAGGAGUUCUACUUCAGCUGGAAGAGCAACUGUUGAUUCUGCUUCAGGAGAAACAAAACUACACAAGGAAUGUCCACAAACAUAA